AUGGCCGCAGCAGAGUCCAGCCAGUUCCAGUUAGGGGAGAGCGUCCCGGUCCCCGGCUACAGGCCCGCCCCCGCCGCCGGGACCUUCCUGCCGCCCCCGCGCCCUGUGGCUGCUCUGCUUCCAGCGCUGCCUCCGGGUCCCGGCUCCGUGUGCUGUGCUCCAACGGCGGCGACCUUCGCUGGAUAUCCCGGGAGGGGGCCCGGGGCUGUCGCGCCGCCUCCCGCCAGCCUGGGCCCGCCGGCGCCCCCAACAGGCUCGGCCGCCCCGUCGGCGUCGCAGCGCCGCAAGCGCACGUCGUUUAGCUCUGAGCAGCUGCAGCUGUUGGAGCUCGUCUUCCGCAGGACAAUGUACCCCGACAUUCAUCUGCGCGAGCGCCUGGCCGCGCUGACCCUGCUCCCGGAGUCCAGGAUCCAGGUGUGGUUCCAGAACAGGCGUGCCAAGUCACGGCGUCAGAGUGGGAAGCCCUUUCAGUCAGCCAGGCCGGAGCUUUUCCCCAACCACUCUGUUCCUGCUACUGAAGCAAAAUGUUUGAAGCCUCAGCUGCCUCUUGACGUAGAGCUGAACUGCCUACUUGAUCCCAGCAGGAGCGGAGGGGGCCUCUCUGACACUAACUCCCAAGGCCAGAGUUUUGAAACCUAUUCCCCUCUCCCUGAAGACACUGGCUCAAAGCUGGGCUUGUGGGAAGAACAUAUCUUUUCUGCCUUUGGUAGCUCCUGA